AUGCAGCUCCGUGUCUACACUUCUCUUGCCAUCUUCGCUGCUGGUGCCAUGGCCGCCGCAACUACCUCUGCUGCUGCCGCCACUUCGACUUCCGUCAGCUUGACCGAGGGUGUUCCCCAGUGCGGCCUCACCUGCAUUCAAGACGCCGUCAGCGGAUCCGGCUGCUCAGCCGACGAUCCCGUCUGCCUCUGCACAACCGGCUCCAAGGCCUUCCUCUCCGCCGGAACCACCUGCCUUCUCCAGAACUCAGACUGCUCAGCCGAAGACCUCCAGACCAUCCAGUCGCUCGCAAAGACUCGUUGCGCUGCCCUUCUCGCCAGCACUGGGUCCUCGGCCUCUGGCUCUGCUAGCUCUGCUGCUUCUUCCGUGUCGAGCUCUGCUACCAAGGCUGCUUCUUCUGUUGCCAGCUCCACUUCCAGCGCUGUUGCCAGUGCCACUUCGACCGGCGGUGCCGUUCAAUUCGGUGCCAGCAUCAUGGCCGUCGGUGCCGGUGCUCUUGCUUUCAUUCUGUAA